GCGUGUUUUCAACAGAUCUCCGCUAGAAAUUUUGCAAUUUCUACGAUUUCCAGCAUUAAAUAGUGACAAACGCUAGGAAUUUCUGUUCGCAAUGGCCAACUACGUGCCGGUGCAGUACCGGGAGGUGCCCAUGCGGCAGCUUUCGUCCUCGGCCCGGGGCUGGCGCGAGAUCAACGUGAGCACCGGUGGGAUCCACAACAUGCUGCAGGACGUCAAGACGUCGGAGCAGUGCGGUGGGUACUGCUUCGCGGAGCGGGAGGACUACCGUUCGAAUCGGUUUUUGUACUGGCGAACCUGCCGGGAUUCGAUCUAUCUUUGUGAGCUGAGCAUGAACUUGAAUCUGGGCAAUAAUCAGCUGCGGAUAAGCUUCGACGAGAGUCCGAUCCUGUCGGUUGAGGUCACCGGGAACCGGCUGCAGGUGUUUGUGCUGAUUGCGACCGUCACGAGCAUUCACCGGAUCGUGCUGCGCCAUCCGAAGGUGAACAGCGUCAAUCCGGAUGGAGGGCAGGAGUCGGUGCUGGGGUCCGUUACGAAGGAGCAGAUUUGCGAUCCGGGCUCGUUUUACGUGAUCAGCAACGAUAUUGGGCAGUCACUGCCGGCGAUUGCUGCGGCGUACCGGGUUGAGAACGAGGAGGGUGGCGACUCGGAUGCGUAUUAUGCCGUUUCGACGGUGUCCAAUUUGUACCUGUUCCAGCUGGGAAGUCACGGAGGGGUGAAGAUUACCGAGCUGAAGCAUAAUCAGCUGAUUUCGAGGUUCUUCUCUGGGCUGACGGACGGUUGGAGAAAGCGAAAUGCAAACGCCCCGGACCAGAUCGUAUCGCUGCUGUUUGGGGAGCUGGAAGGCCAGUCCGUGUUGUAUGCGUUCUACCGGAACAACAUUACGCGCAUUUGGGCCACCAACGGUUCCUGCGUCGGAGCGGAAUGCUUUGUCAAGCACGCCGAUCAGCGGGUGGAAGGAUCUCAAACCAUCAUGGUGCGCAAGUCGCAGUCGCUGCUUGGCGUCUUUCUGGCCUACUCGGACUGCUCGGAGUUUAUCAUCCUGCGGCUGGAGCCGGACGAGUCGGGCAACGUGGCACUCGUCAGGGAGUCGAUCAUUUUGGCGCCCAACUACGACCUGAUCGACUUCAAGCUGUCCGAUCGCGGCAUUUGGGCGCUGUGGUGCAACGCCGAAGGUGAAAUGCAGGUCCUAACGUACGCGCUGAACAGCGAGUCGUCGCACAACUUCUGGCUGCCGAUCCCGCUGGAGAGCAUGGACGACAAGUACACGGCCAAGCUGGAGAAGGGCACCGACCUGAAGCACAUCUACUGCAACCGCAUCUUCCACUCGGGCAAAUUCGACAACGACGUGAUCGCGAAGACGCUUUCGAUGUUCAACCGCAGCUUCAGCUACUCGAGUACGAACAUCUCGACGGCGGUGCUGAAGCGGCACGUGUGCGCCUACAUCGACGGAGAGCUGCAGAACGAGCGCAAGCUGCAGAACAUCACCGACGAGGAGUUUAUCGAGCUGUCGUCGAACCUGUGGGAGAAGUUCUACCUGUGCUGUUCGCAGUACAACUUCGAGGCGUGUCAACCGAUCGGAAUGUUGAUCCUGGAGCGGAUGGACGUGUUUUGUUUGGUGCGCAAGAAGUUGAUUUCGCUGUUUAGACCGUGCGACGAGCUGGAGUUGGCGUUCCUGUCGGAGAACUACCCGGGAAAUGUGGCGCUCGGUGCGGGAGGUGACGGGAAGAGCCUCCAGCAGGACGUUUCGGUGCUGGUUCGAAUGCUAAAGCAGAUCGACAAGUACGUGCCCGAGGACGAAAAGGUCGAGAUCGAGUCGUGUCUGUUUCAGUUGCGCUCGACCAAGGACGUGAUGGAGACGGUGGCCGGCUCGCAGUGCUUCGUCAAUCAGUGCAACCUCACGUCGGUCAUCCAGUCGAUCGAGGAUCUGCCGAAGGCGAUGGCGGUUCUGCUGCAGAAGCUGAAGCUGGACUACGAACCGUCCGUUGAGGCGAGCUUCUACGCCAACCCAAAGAGCCUACCCUUCGGAGGUCUGCUCGGCAUCCAACUACUAACAGAAACGGUCCGGCAGCAGAUCCAACUGCGUUACAUGGUCGUGCGCAACCUGAUCAUCCUGCAGCACCUGCUGCUGAACAACUUUGCGCUGAACUGCAACGCGAUGGAAAUCAUCCGCUCCAAGUGCAUCCCGGACAGCGAGGUGUUCCUGCAGUCGUACUACGUGAUGAACUGGAUCGCCGAGACGACGGUGGACUACGCGGCCGUCCGGAGCAAGUCGCUCGAAGGCGGCGAAGCGUCGCUGGUCAUUGGCCACGAGGAGGCGUACGGGUUCGAGUACCUGUCGCUACUGCAUCUGUUUGUGGCGACGCGCGGGCUGCGGACGUGCAUGUCCACCGAGGAAGCGCACGGCAUCGCCGAGUGCGAGCGCGUUUUCCCCGUCCUGCUGGACGUUUGCAACGGGUUGCUCCGGUUGAUCUGGCCCGUGGCCGGAGACUUCACCUUCGGCCAGUGGCUGAUGCAGGGUGAGAUGCACAUCUUUAUCGAGCAGUACGUACGCCUGCUCAACUCGUGGUGCGAGUGGAACAACUGCUCGCGUAACUUUAUCCUCGCCAAGUCGUACCUCAUGAAUGGGGAAAACUCGAAGGCGCUCGACCUGUUCCCGCAGUCGGCCAAGGGCAUCUUCAAGGAACCGUACCUCAUCAACUACACCAAGCCGUCGGACGGGUCGUCGGUUCCACCGGACGAAAUGUUGAGCAUUUUCUACCUGAAAGUGAUCCGGAUGUUUGAGCACUACGGCGCGUACGACUGCAUCAACGCGCUGGCCCAGAUCGCCAUCGGGACGUCCGUCCAGAGCAAGCAGCAGGCCAUGUUCCAGAGCAUCGACUUCAGCAGCCACAUGGAGCUCGGCCAUUACGAGGAGGCGUACCAUUCGUUGGUUUACAACUGCGAGCAGACGCGCAAGAAGGAUUGUCUUCGGCAGCUGGUGUGGCGUUUGUUCCAGUCGAAAAAGUUCAACAUUCUGAUCGAUUUGCCGUACUACGGGCUGGAGAUGGACUUCCAGAACAUCAUGGAGAUGCACGCCCGGUCAGUGGAAAUUUCCGAAAACAGUCACUACGAUUUCCUCUACUCGUACUACGUUCUCAAGGGAAAUAUGCGCAAAGCCGCCCUCAUCUCUUACGAAAAGGCCAUGCGCUGCCACCUGGAGUGCAACUCGCUAAUCUACCUUAAAAUGCGCUGCGAAUCCCUCCUCAAAUGCGUCAACGCCCUAAACCUCGUCGCCCCCGACUACGCCUGGAUCGCCAAACCCACCAUCUUCAAAGAAACCGCCCAAACCGCCGAAGACCAGCGCACCCAGAUCGUCGUCAUCUCGCUCGCGGACGUCCGCAAGGAGCUCAUGAUCACCGAAGCCGUGCUCGAAAUCUCCAAACAGCUCGAAGACUACAAAGCCGUCCUCGACGUCGACCCCGACGAACUCAUCUCGAUCCUCGCCAACGGCAAACUGUACGCGACCGCCCUCAAACUCGCGCACGCCCUCGGCCGCAGCGUCACCCCCGUUUACGAAAGCCUCGCCACCGCCUGCGUCAUGUGCAGCCUGCAGGACGCCGCCGACACCUGGGACUGGCUGCACAAAAACAGCCUGCCCGAGUCGGUCCUCGGCGCGGACAGCACCGACACGGCCUGGAAGUUCCUCAAGCACUGCCUGGCCGGCGAAACGAAGGACGUUGACGCGUGCCACGUGGCCGUCAUAGGGCAGAUCAUCGCCAAGAACGCAUUCCCGCCGCAGUGGCUCACCGAUUGGUGCAUGAACAAAACGCCCACGAAGCUGCUCCAGCUGUACAUCAACUACGGCCGGCUGGAGGAAGCGUACGACAUUGCGGUCAAGCUGAUCCAGGCCCAGCUUAUCGGCAAAAGUUCCAUCACGGCGAUGCACCUGAAUCGGUUUCUGCUGCCGGUGUCGUUGAUCGAUCGGCUGCAGUACGAGCUGCGCAAGGAGGUUAAAUUUCAAGAGCAAACCAAUCUACUGGGACAACUAAUCGAUUGCAUAGCUAAGUAAAAAAAAAUCGUUUCAAGUGAUUACUUAAUUCAUACUGUAUUUGUAGCUUGUUUGGAAAUAAAAUGAUUCCUUAAAACUGAA